UGAGCUCACCGCUUUGUUUCAGAUCGAAGAUCGAUCUGCAAGUGACCAGGCACCGGCGAUGCAUGAGCCAAGUCAGCACGGACGGAGUCUCGAAAUAAGGAAAACGAUGAUUCAUCAAGACACGAUUUCAGACGAGUUCUGCUUUGAGCGAGCUGAAGUGAUGACGAGAUCGAAGUUGCCAACAGGGCACUGUUCAUGCAGAAGGGAGAACAGGACCGAAGAACAACGACCAAAGGAAAUAACCCGACGUCAUGAUAGAUGCAUUGACGCUUCUCCCGGGCACAGGCCAUCAUCAGAUCCUCAGGCUGAGCCGAGAAAAGCGUGACAGGAAGAGCGAUCAUUUGUCUAUAUAAACAGUCGUUUCCUCCCGGUCUGAAGCACAUUUCCCUCAUCAUCAAACCAUCAUCAGCAGGAAAACAGCUUUCAACCUCACCACCACAAACCAAAACUCCAAACAAACCAACCACCAUCAACAUGUCUGACUACAAGCCAACUGAACACGACGGUCUCCGCAAGGACGGCCAGCCCGACCAGCGCGUCAACCAGCCCGGCUUCGCGCACGGCAAAGUGGACCCGCACGAGGCGGGCAAGAAGGGCGGCCACUCCUCGGGCGGCGGUACCUCGGACUCGUCCAGCUCGGGCGGGAGCAGCGAGAACCCCCAGGGCGCGUCCCACCUCGGCGGCGAGGGGUUGAGGAAGGACGGAGAGCCAGACCAGCGUCUGAAGAUGAACCAGGACUCUUAGGAGUGGGAUUCACUGGGUCUGGGGAUACAUGAGUGGAUUUUGACAACACUAUGGAUGCGAGCAAAAAGGAUGGAAUGGGCGGGAAUUCGCCUCAACUUUGACCAGAACUAAUUGUCAUCUAUCAGUAUAUACCUAAACUCCCCAGUCAAGCAACCAUAGGUAGAUCUAGAGGCUACAUUCAGAAUAAACACUGUC